CCUGACUCCGGCUCGAAAUUAGCAGCGGAAAUCCGCUGCUUCGUUCGCAACGACACGACACGAUCGAUUUACGACGGAGUAAUCGAUCCGACUUGCGAUCACGCGAUCAGGGCAGUGCCUGAGCACGAAAGUUGUCGCAUGUCGUGUGAAAGCCGACGAGAAUUCACGUAGUCCGUCACUCAGUCAGUCAGUCAGUCAGACAGUCGAGCUAAGUGAGAGAUUCACGACGGGAUGAUGACAGAACGAGAGGACGGGGGGGAACUGGCACCUUCGGAACUGGGCACCCUCGACUUCUGGGAGAACGCGUACGCGCAGGAGCUCGACAACUUCCGCGAUCACGGCGACGUGGGCGAGAUAUGGUUCGGCGCGGGGAAUUCGCGCAAGGUCGUACGAUGGAUCGUCACGAAAUUGGAUCUAGAUAAGGAGAACGAUAAGGUAAUCGACGUGGGAUGUGGUAACGCGAUGACUUUAGUGGAACUCGCGAACGAAGGGUUCGCAAACUUGUUGGGAGUCGAUUAUUCGCAGAAAGCGAUCGAUCUAGCCCGCAUGGUGUUAAACGAUAACAACUUGUCGAAUGUGAAGUUAGAAGUUUGCAAUAUUCUCAACAAUACGCUGCCGCAUGACUUCAAAGUUGUUCACGAUAAAGGCACUUACGAUGCCAUUAGUUUAAAUCCGGACGAUCCGACGGCGAAGCGACAGACAUACAUAGAAAACAUACACCGCAUUCUUUCGCCAGGAGGAUAUCUCGUUUUAACUUCUUGUAACUGGACAAAAGAAGAACUGUUAAAACACUUUACGAGUCAUUUCGAACUCGAUAGUCAAUUGCCUACGGAUACUUUUCAGUUUGGUGGACAGACGGGAAACACGGUGACGCAAUUGGUGUUUAGAAAGAAAUGAUUAAUCUCGAAAUAUCUUCGCGCAGGAAUAAAUAAAAUGUUUAUAA